GUGUAUAAAUAACAAGGGUUUAGUGUCCAUAGCUUGAGCAAGCCACACGACCAUCGUGCAGAAAGCUCAGCUACAUCUACACGGCGGCAGCCAUGGCGUCCAGAGCAGCAGCGGCCGUCCUCGUCCUUGCAGCCUUGAUCUGCGCCGCGCACUCCUCGGUGGCUGCUGAGGGGCUUUCGCGGGGCUUCCACGCGGCGUCGUGCCCGGAUCUGGAGAACAUCGCGGGGUCGCUCGUGGCAGAGACCUUCCGCCGCGACGUCGGCGUCGCCCCGGCCCUCAUCCGCAUCCUCUUCCACGACUGCUUCCCGCAGGGCUGCGACGCGUCGGUGCUUCUCACGGGGAACAACAGUGAGCUGAAUGCGGUGCCCAACCAGACGCUCCGCCCCGUGGCUCUGGACCUCAUCGAGCGCAUCCGCGCCGCCGUCCACCGCGCCUGCGGCCCGACCGUCUCCUGCGCCGACAUCACCGUCCUCGCCACCCGUGACGCCCUCGUGCAGGCUGGCGGGCCCCACUUCGACGUCGCCUUUGGCCGCCGCGACGCGCUCGCCCCGGCGUCGCAGGACCUCGUGGACACCCUGCCGGCGCCCUCCUUCGACGUGCCGACCCUCAUCUCCUCCUUCGGCAACCGGAGCCUCGACGUGGCGGACCUCGUCGCCCUCUCCGGCGCGCACACCUUCGGCAUCGCCCACUGCCCCUCCUUCUCCGACCGCUUCACUCCCAACGUCGACCUCAACCCGCUCAUCGAUCCGUUAUUCGCCAGGAGGCUGCGGGCCAAGUGCGCCAAGGACGUGCCCCAGGGCACCGUCAACCAGACCCUCGACGUGCGCACGCCCGACGUGUUUGACAACAAGUACUACUUCGACCUCAUCGUGAGGCAGGGCCUGUUCAAGUCAGACCAGGGCCUCAUCGACCACCCCGACACCAGGCUCUUGGCUUCACGGUUCGCGCUCAUCCAGUCCGCCUUCUUCAGGCAGUUCGCCAAGUCCAUGGUGAAGAUGAGCAACAUGGACUUGCUCACUGGCACCCAGGGCGAGAUCCGGCUGAACUGCGCCGUUCCCAACAAGCGUGUCGAGGGCAUCGAGACCGCCAACGACGACGGCCACACCGCCGCCAUGUGAGAGAUUGGUCGGUUAUCGAUGCUAGCUCACGCGUGUGUGUGCUUCCAUGUGUGUGUAGCACUGGAGAUGGUGUCCUUGUGCUAGUCGUUUUGUGAAGUUGUCGUACGUGUUGUAAUAAAAUGAGUGAGUGGUCGGCAGACCAAGAGUAGGAGUAUAUGCUUCCUACCGUAAGAGGUUCCAUUUGGUUACCGGUGUAUGAUCACCAUCAGUA